ACACACACACACACACACACAUACACACACUCUCUCUCUCUCUUUCUGUCUGUCUUUCUUUCUUUCUUUCUACCUCUCAGUCAGUAAUUAUGGAGCCCAGCAGUCCGAAGAAGAUCCAGUUUGAUGUACCUCCGCUGCAGGGACAGCUGGACCCACAGGCCGCCGAACAUAUCCGUCGCAGAAGACCAACUCCUGCCACUCUGCAGAUCUACAGACAACCUGGCACAGAUGUUGGAGAUCAACACAACGCCAGCGGAGAGUCACAGGCUUCAGAUUCCUCUCAGAGGAAGCAGAGCACCUACGACCCGCCCACCAUGAAAGAGCUUCAGCUGGGGGUGGAGCACCACCUUCUGGGGGCGGGGCUCUGUGACACAGACGGCCAGCUGAGCCCAAUCACAGCACAGCUCUAUGCCACCGCUUCCAUGUGGGCCAAUCACAAUGGGCCAGAGGAAGCCAAUGGGAAUGAGGCGAGUCUACUGUUAGCCAAUCAGGAGAGAGGAGUGGCAGAGAGCAACAGUUCAGGGGAUUUGUCAUGCGACCACAAAAAGGAAGCGUCCAGUCCCGACUCCGUCUCCCGAUAGCCACCUUUGCUUGCUUUCAUCUCUUUGUCUCUCAAUAACCAACUUUUCCGCUGUUACUCACUGCUGUUCAUCUGAUCCCACUAACACACUGCUUCACUCUUGUGCUUCACACACAAAUACUGUAGGAUUUGAUUUGGCAUCCAUCCUCCCUCUCUUUCACGCACACAUACAGACACAUAGAGUGUAGUUAAAUGUGCUAAUUCCGUCUACAUUUAAAUUACUGUAGGUGACGUUUUGCUUGUGUAGAAAUGGCUGUGAAUAAAGAUGUAAUAUAUUGAAACGUUUA